AUGGCCUCACGGGUAAAAGAAUUCUACUCGAAACCCUUGUCGGAGGCUCGGGUUAAAGAACGAACCGAAGAUCGGCAACUACUUCAGCGGGACCAGCUGCCUUUACAACGAGCAGAGCAAACCGAUUUCUCGAUAUUGACCCUCUUGAGUCCCUUUCAGUCGCAUGUUCGACCAUACUCCUUGGACGAGCAGCGAAGGCUGAGAGAAUACUUAUACAGAGACGAACCUUCGGUGAUAUCGGUAGAGACUACUCGUUCCUUACGCCCUACCAAGCUAUCAACGAUUCUCGACGCCGAAUCUCUUUCCCGAACCUACUUCGAAGCACUUACGAGAUGGGACGUUGUUCUCCAAGCGCUGCGCAGCGAUGAUCCCGAUGGCAUACAGACGAGCUGGGAUGUCGCCCAAAGGAAUACCUACAAGUGCCUCGCCGAGUGGUGGAAUAAUGAGGCGUAUGACGCGGAUAGCACAAUGGAUGUUCGCCGGUGGAUAGAGCAGGCAGCACGUCUUCGUCUUCCAACCUGCGUUGUACCGAGGAUUACUCGCUCUCAGUACAAUCUGGUCUUGCUGUCCUUGUGGGUUCAUCAGUUUGGGGAUGAGCGACGCCGAGAUAAUGAGGAUGGUCUACGCUUGACAGCUACAUGCGAGGCAGCAUCACACAGACUUGCAAAUAGGGCAAUUCGGUCUAUUUACCCAACAAAGUUCGCCAAACUCACUCGUUCAGUGAGUCAGUCAAGAGUGUUUGACACGAGGAACAUCAAAUUGCCACGGACGGCAGCAGCGCAUCCUUGUUCCUGGAUUAAUUGGAGACAAUUGAAGGAAGAGCAGCUGGAAUCUCCGUUCUUCUUAUGGGAUGUUGUAGAGUCGAGAACAGUCAGACGUCAGGAUCUCAUGAACCCACAGUAUACGGCGAUCAGCCAUACAUGGGGAAGAUGGCAAACGGGCACACACUUCCGGACCCCUGCUGUUCCUUGGCCGAUACCCGAAAACAGUUUGUUCGAUGUUCGGGCACUACCUGAUCUUCUCAAAGGUGCAAAGUUUCCGACUCGAUACGUCUGGAUGGAUCUUUUAUGCAUCCCUCAGGCAUUGGCACCGCUCGAACUAGAAGAAAGAGGAAGAACUGAAAUCGCAAACCAAGCUGCGAUAUUCAAGCUAUCAACAUUAUCGGGCGCCUGGCUCAACUUUGUCUCCUCUUGGACUGGCUUGGAGUCUGCCAUCAUCUGGCUCUCUCUUGUCUAUCUGGAGUGUGGAGGCUAUAGUGAUGAAGAGACCAGUCGGCAUAUCACUGAUGCUAUGGAAGGGGAGCAGUUUCCUACCGGCCUCGUGACCUUGAAAGAUGGCAUUUACUUCUUGGAAGGCUGGUUUACUUCUCUUUGGACUUUGCAGGAAAUAUGUCUUUGCCCCGACAUGAUACUAUACGACAAAGACUGGCGGCCUUUAGCCUUGGACAAUUUUCGCAUUCCUUUCGAUCACGUCCCGGCGUUGAGCCGCAUUUUACUCACUGCAUCGUUUGGAGAUGACCCUCACUGGCCGAACGCUGUUCGGGAGCUGUACUAUGUCUUGAUAGAGACUGGUAUCCAAGACUUACCUACCAUGACACCAACCACAGUUCUCCUAUACGGGAAUCAAAGAUACUGCCAGGGUCGUCGAGCGGAAGCGAUCAUGUCGGUUAUAGGAGCUAGAGAUUGGUUCAAUGAUGACGAUCCAGGGGGCGGUGAAAGCCUAAUGGCUGGUCGUUAUCCUUUUUCCUUCGUAAAUGAAGUAAGGCAGAAAUUGGGAGCCAUAUUCUUCGCGUGGGCGGAUACAGAUUAUGAGGAAGUUAGUGCGACGGGUACCAUGCUUCCUUUUUCCGAGAGCUCCUUCGCAAGCCGCAGAGCACUUGGUACUCUCCUUAACCCAACUGACCAUCCUUCAGUAGCGACCUGGAAACUGCAGACAAAUGGCCAAAUGCUGUUGUCGCAAGUUGGGAUUGUCGCGUCGACAACGCGAAGGCGUGUAGAGAAGCAAAUGUUCAUUUCCGCGCAGGUGCCCUUUGGUUCACCUUCAGCAGCAGGAGGUUAUGGGGAGCAGGAAAUACAUCACUACUUGAGAACAGCAUUGCCCACCAAGGAAAGACAUGCUAUUGCGCUAUUGCGAAUUGGAAACCAUCGGUUAUUCGGCUUGUUAUUAGAGUUCGAAAGCCCGGGAUGCUUUAGGAAGUUUGGCACCUUUGUGUGCAACAUCGACGACAGCGUUCACGAGGAAAUUCGAUCUGGAGAACCGUAUGAAUUCCCUGCGUCGGAGCAGGUUGACUGGGUUGUCGUUUGA